ACUAUCUGGUCCCGGCAGCAGCGAUGUCCCCAGGCAGGAAUGUCCCUCCUCAGAUAAUGUUAUUUAUAUCUCUGGGCGGGUCCGCGGCUCGGCAGCACCAGGCGCCCGGCGGCCGCUGUGCUAGGAGCCCCGUGCUGCCCUCUUCCCCCUGCGCCGCCGCCGCCCCCGGGCUCGAGGUGGCCGCCGCUACAGCCCCAGCGCAGGGACCCUUCCAUGAAGACUGAGGCAGGCGAAACUGCUGAGAGCCUGCUGACAUGACAUCGGCCACGGAGUUUGAAAACGUGGGCAACCAGCCACCGUACAGCCGGAUCAAUGCCCGCUGGGCUGCCCCGGACGAUGAGCUGGAUAAUGACAACAGCUCAGCCAGGCUCUUUGAGAGGUCCCGGAUCAAGGCCUUGGCAGACGAGCGGGAAGUUGUUCAGAAGAAGACCUUCACGAAAUGGGUGAACUCGAACCUGGCCCGUGUACCCUGCCGCAUCACUGACCUCUACAAGGACCUGCGGGACGGGCGCAUGCUCAUCAAGCUGCUGGAGGUGCUCUCUGGAGAGAUGCUGCCAAAGCCCACGAAGGGGAAGAUGCGCAUCCACUGCCUGGAGAAUGUGGACAAGGCCUUACAGUUCCUCAAGGAGCAGCGUGUACACCUGGAGAACAUGGGCUCCCAUGACAUUGUGGAUGGCAACCACCGCCUGGUCCUGGGCCUCAUCUGGACCAUCAUCCUUCGCUUCCAGAUUCAGGACAUUGUUGUGCAAACUCAGGAAGGUCGUGAGACACGCUCAGCCAAGGAUGCGUUGCUGUUGUGGUGUCAGAUGAAGACAGCAGGCUACCCCCAGGUCAAUGUCACCAACUUCACCUCCAGCUGGAAGGACGGCCUGGCCUUUAAUGCCCUGAUACACAAGCACCGGCCUGACCUGAUUGACUUUGAUAAGCUGAAGGACUCGAACGCACGGCACAACCUGGAGCACGCCUUCAAGGUGGCUGAGCGCCAGCUGGGCAUCAUCCCGCUCCUGGACCCCGAAGAUGUCUUCACAGAAAACCCCGAUGAGAAAUCCAUCAUUACCUACGUGGUGGCGUUUUACCACUACUUCUCCAAGAUGAAGGUGCUCGCGGUAGAGGGCAAGCGCGUUGGCAAGGUCAUUGACCAUGCCAUUGAGACGGAGAAGAUGAUUGAAAAGUAUAGUGGGCUGGCCACAGAGCUGCUCACGUGGAUUGAGCAGACCAUCGCCGUCCUGAACAGCCGCAAGUUUGCCAACUCCCUGACGGGCGUCCAACAACAGCUACAGGCUUUCAGCACCUACCGCACCGUGGAGAAGCCCCCGAAGUUCCAGGAGAAGGGGAAUCUGGAAGUCCUACUUUUUACCAUCCAGUCCCGGAUGAGAGCCAACAAUCAGAAAGUGUAUACCCCUCAUGAUGGGAAACUAGUGUCGGACAUCAACCGGGCCUGGGAAAGCCUGGAGGAGGCUGAGUAUCAGCGGGAGCUGGCCCUGAGGAAUGAGCUCAUUCGGCAAGAGAAGCUGGAGCAGGUGGCCCGGCGCUUUGACCGGAAGGCUGCCAUGAGGGAGACGUGGCUCAAUGAAAACCAGCGCCUGGUGGCUCAGGAUAACUUUGGGUAUGACCUGGCAGCCGUGGAGGCCGCCAAGAAGAAGCACGAGGCCAUCGAGACGGACACAGCAGCUUACGAGGAGCGGGUGAAGGCCCUGGAGGACCUGGCCCAGGAGCUGGAGAAGGAGAAUUACCACGACCAGAAGCGCAUCACGGCCCGCAAGGACAACAUCCUGCGCCUGUGGAGCUACCUGCAGGAGCUGUUACGGUCCCGGCGCCACAGGCUCGAGGCCACCCUGGCCUUGCAGAAGCUCUUCCAGGACAUGCUGCACAGCAUUGACUGGAUGGACGAGAUCAAGGCUCACCUCUUGUCUGCCGAGUUUGGGAAACACUUGUUGGAAGUCGAGGACUUGCUACAGAAGCACAAGUUGAUGGAGGCUGACAUCGCCAUCCAAGGGGACAAAGUGAGGGCCAUCACCGCAGCCACACUGCAGUUUGCCGAGGAGAAAGGAUACCAGCCUUGUGACCCCCAGGUUAUCCGGGACCGUGUCAGCCACCUGGAGCAGUGCUUUGAGGAGCUGAGCAACAUGGCAGCUGGGCGGAAGGCCCAGCUGCAGCAGUCUAAGCGGCUCUGGAAGUUCUUCUGGGAGAUGGAUGAGGCGGAGAGCUGGAUCAAGGAGAAGGAGCAGAUCUACUCUUCCCUGGACUAUGGCAAGGACCUGACGAGUGUGCUCAUCUUACAGCGUAAGCACAAGGCCUUCGAGGAUGAGCUCCGCGGGCUAGACGCCCACCUGAAGCAGAUCUUCCAGGAGGCAGAGGGCAUGGUCGCACGGAAGCAGUUUGGACACCCACAGAUUGAGGCCCGAAUCAAGGAGGUGUCCGCCCAGUGGGACCAGCUGAAGGAGCUGGCUGCCUUUCGCAAGAAGAACCUCCAGGAUGCCGAGAACUUCUUCCAGUUCCAGGGGGAUGCUGACGACCUGAAGGCCUGGCUGCAGGAUGCCCACCGGCUGCUCUCAGGCGAAGACGUGGGGCAGGAUGAGGGGGCCACGCGGGCCCUGGGGAAGAAACACAAGGACUUCCUGGAGGAGCUGGAGGAGAGCCGCGGGGUGAUGGAGCAUCUGGAACAGCAGGCCCAGGGCUUCCCCCAAGAGUUUCGGGAUUCCCCAGAUGUGACCAACCGGCUGCAGGCCCUCCGGGAGCUCUACCAGCAGGUGGUGGCCCAGGCAGACCUGCGUCGGCAGAGGCUGCAGGAUGCCCUGGACCUGUACACGGUGUUUGGGGAGACAGAUGCCUGUGAGCUGUGGAUGGGAGAGAAGGAGAAGUGGCUCGCCCAGAUGGAGAUCCCAGACACACUGGAGGACCUGGAGGUCGCACGGCACAGGUUUGACAUCCUGGACCAGGAGAUGAAGACCUUGAUGACGCAGAUUGAUGGCGUGAACCUCGCUGCCAACAGCCUGGUAGACAGCGGCCACCCUCGCAGUGGGGAAGUGAAGCAGUACCAGGACCACCUGAACGACAGGUGGCAGGCAUUCCAGACCAUAGUGUCAGACCGGCGGAAGGCAGUGAACUCAGCCCUCCGGGUGCGAAACUACUGCGUGGAUUGUGAGGAGACCAGCAAGUGGAUCGAGGACAAGAUGCAGGUGGUGCGGUCCAUGAAGGACCUGGCAGGCAUCAUUGCCAUCCAACGGAAGCUGUCAGGGCUGGAGCGUGACGUGGCCGCCAUCCGGGAUCGUGUGGGUGCCCUGGAGCAGGAGUCGCAGCAGCUGAUGGCCUCACACCCCGAGCAAGGAGAGGACAUCGGCCAGUGGCAGGCAUGUGUGGAGACGCUGUGGCAGCAACUACAGGAAGCCCUAAAAGAGCAGGAAGCCUCGCUGGGGGAAGCCAGCAAGCUCCAGACCUUCCUGCAGAAUCUGGAUGACUUCCAGGCCUGGCUGUCCAUGGCCCAGAAAUCUGUGGCCUCCGAGGACAUGCCUGAGUCUUUCCCAGAGGCCGAGCAGCUCCUACAGCAGCACGUGGCCAUCAAAGACGACAUUGACAGGCACCAAGAGAGCUUCCAGAAGGUCAAGGAGUCUGGGGAGAAUGUGAUCCGUGAUCAGACAGACCCAGAGUACCUGCUCCUGCGCCAGAGGCUGGAGGGCCUGGAUGCUGGCUGGGAUGCCCUGUGCCGCAUGUGGGAGAGCCGCAAUCUCUCCCUCGCCCAGUGCCUUGGCUUCCAGGAGUUCCAGAGAGAUGCCAAGCAAGCUGAAGCCAUCCUCAGCAAUCAGGAAUAUACUCUGGCUCACUUGGAGCCCCCAGACUCCCUUGAAGCUGCAGAGGUUGGAAUCCGGAAGUUUGAGGACUUCUUGGUAUCUAUGGGGAACAACCAGGAUAAGGUCUUGAGUCCUGUGGACUCUGGAAACAAGCUGGUAGCUGAAGAAAACCUCUACUCAGACAAGAUCCUGGAGAAGGUGCAGCUGAUCGAAGACAGGCACAGGAAAAACAAGGAGAAGGCUGAGGAGGCUUCCGUCAUUCUGAAGGACAACUUGGAGCUCCAGCACUUCCUCCAGAACUGCCAGGAGCUCACUCUCUGGAUCAAUGACAAGCUGCUAACAUCUCAGGAUGUCUCCUAUGAUGAUGCGAGAAACCUGCAAAACAAGUGGGCAAAGCACCAGGCCUUUAUGGCAGACCUGGCUUCCCACCAGGGGUGGCUGGAUAGCAUCGAUGCGGAAGGAAAGCAGCUGAUGGAGGAGAAGACCCAGUAUACAGCGCGGGUGGCCCAGAGGCUGGAAGACUUGCACCGGCUCUGGGAUGAGCUUCAGGCCACCACACAGGAGAGGGCCCAGCAUCUCUCAGCUGCCAGGAGCUCCUACCUGCGCUCACAGACCCACGCCGACCUCAACAAGUGGAUCAGUGCUAUGGAGGACCAGCUGCGGUCUGAUGACCCCGGCAAGGACCUGACCAGUGUCAACCGGAUGUUGGCGAAGCUGAAGCGUGUGGAGGACCAAGUGAACGUGCGGAAGGAGGAGCUGGGGGAGCUGCUUGCCCAGGUGCCCUCGCUGGGAGAGGAGGCAGGAGACACAGACAUGAGCAUCGAGAGGCGGUUCCUGGACCUCCUAGAGCCCCUGGAGAGGAGGAAGAAGCAGCUGGAAUCAUCCCGAGCCAAACUGCAGAUCACCAGGGACUUAGAAGAUGAGACACUCUGGGUGGAAGAGAGGCUGCCUCUGGCCCAGUCAGCCAACUAUGGCACGAAUCUGCAAAAUGUGCAGCUGUUAAUGAAGAAGAAUCAGACGCUGCAGAAUGAGAUCCUGGGCCACGCACCGCGGGUGGAGGACGUGCUGCAGAGAGGGCGGCAGCUGCUGGAGGCGGCCGAGAUCGACUGUCAGGACAUCCAGGAGCGCCUAGGGCACCUGCAGGGUGCAUGGGACACGCUGCAGGAGGCAGCGGCCGGGCGGCUGCAGCGCCUGCGGGACGCCAGCGAAGCCCAGCAGUACUACCUGGACGCAGGCGAGGCCGAGGCCUGGAUCAGCGAGCAAGAGUUCUACAUCAUCUCCGACGAGAUCCCCAAGGAUGAAGAGAGCGCCAUCGUGAUGCUGAAGCGGCAUUUGAGGCAGCAGCACACGCUGGAGGAGUACGGAAGGAACAUCAAGCAGCUGGCCACCAGGGCCCAGGGCCUCCUGUCUGCGGGCCACCCUGAGGGGGAACAGAUCAUCCGACUUCAGGGGCAAGUGGACAAGCAGUACGCAGGGCUGAAGGAGGUAGCCGAAGAACGCAGGCGGAAGCUGGAGAACAUGUAUCACCUGUUCCAGCUGAAGAGGGAGACAGAUGACUUGGAGCAAUGGAUUUCAGAAAAGGAGCUGGUGGCCUCCUCCCCUGAGAUGGGGCAAGACUUUGACCAUGUUACUCUGCUCCGGGACAAGUUCCGGGACUUUGCCCGUGAGACGGGGGCGAUUGGGCAGGAGCGGGUGGACAACGUGAACAUCAUCAUCGAGCAGCUCAUCGACGCUGGCCACAGCGAGGCAGCCACGAUUGCCGAGUGGAAGGACGGGCUAAAUGAAAUGUGGGCAGACCUACUGGAGCUCAUUGACACACGCAUGCAGCUGCUGGCCGCCUCCUACGACCUGCACCGCUACUUCUACACAGGCACGGAGAUCCUGGGCCUCAUUGACGAGAAGCACCGAGAGCUGCCUGAGGACGUGGGGCUGGACGCCAGCACGGCCGAGUCCUUCCACCGGGUGCACACGGCCUUCGAGCGGGAGCUUCACAUGCUGGAACUGCAGGUCCAGCAGUUCCAGGAUGCGGCUGGCCGCCUGCAGAAGGCGUAUGCCGGGGAGAAAGCAGAGACCAUCCAGAACAAGGAGCAAGAAGUGUCCGCCGCCUGGCGAGCGCUGCUUGACGCCUGUGCUGGCCGCCGCACCCAGCUGGUAGACACGGCAGACAAAUUCCGCUUCUUCAGCAUGGCUCGAGACCUCCUCUCCUGGAUGGAAAGCGUCAUCCGGCAGAUUGAGACCCAGGAGAAGCCUAGGGAUGUCUCCUCAGUGGAACUGCUCAUGAAGUAUCACCAGGGCAUCAAGGCAGAGAUUGACACCCGGAGCAAGAACUUUAGCGCCUGCCUAGAGCUGGGGGAGUCCCUGCUGGAGAGGCAGCACCAGGCCUCGGAGGAGAUUAGCGAGAAACUGAAGCAGGUGCUAUCCAGGAGGAAGGAGAUGGAUGAGAAGUGGGAGGACCGCCAGGAACAGCUCCGCAUGCUACUGGAAGUGUGCCAGUUCUCGAGGGACGCCUCUGUGGCCGAAGCAUGGCUGAUCGCCCAGGAGCCCUACCUGGCCAGCCGGGACUUUGGACACACGGUGGAUGGUGUGGAGAAGCUUAUCAGGAGGCAUGAGGCUUUUGAGAAGUCCACAGCCAGUUGGGCGGAUCGCUUUGCUGCCCUGGAGAAGCCCACCACGCUUGAGCUAAAAGAACGCCAGACCCCAGACAGACCCGAAGAGGAGAGUGGGCCUCAAGAGGAAGAAGGGGAGACAGCAGGGGAGGCUCCCCGAGGUCCGCAUCGCGCAGCCACCGAGAGAACAUCCCCGGGGGAAGAAGAGAGCCAGUGGCCUCAGGACCUACAGCCGCCACUCCUUCCGGGGCCGCAGGAGAAAUCCAGUGGGGAUGAGAGGCCCGCCCCCGAGCCUCUCUUUAAGGUCCUAGACACGCCUCUGAGUGAGGGUGAUGAGCCUACAGCGCCUCCGGCCCAGCGGGACCAUGGGUACAGCGUGCAGAUGGAGGGCUACCUGGGACGCAAGCAUGACCUGGAGGGACCCAACAAGAAGGCAUCCAACAGGUCGUGGAACAACCUGUACUGCGUGCUCCGGAACAGCGAGCUGACCUUCUACAAGGACGCCAAGAACCUGGCGCUGGGGGUGCCCUACCACGGGGAGGAACCCCUGGCCCUGAGACAUGCCAUCUGUGAAAUCGCGGCCAACUACAAGAAGAAGAAGCAUGUCUUCAAGCUGCGGCUGAGCAAUGGCAGUGAGUGGCUCUUCCACGGCAAGGACGAGGAGGAGAUGCUGUCCUGGCUGCAGGGCGUGAGCACCGCCAUCAACGAGUCCCAGAGCAUCCGCAUCAAGGCACAGAGCCUGCCCCUGCCCUCUGUCACCGGCCCCGACGCCAGCCUUGGCAAGAAAGACAAGGAGAAGAGAUUCAGCUUCUUCCCCAAAAAGAAGUAGCCUCUCUGGCGCCCCGCCGGUGGGACCGGGCCGUGUAGGGACUGGCGGGGCGCCCGCGGCCUCAGCCCGGGCCCAGUCCUCCCCUGCCCCUGCCUGCGCCUGCCUGUUCCAACCGCGACCACGGUCAGCAGCCAGGGGCCCGCUGCACUGCGAUGCCUGCCUCCGCCGCGAUGCCCGCCUCCGCCGGCUCCUGCCCGCCUCUGCUCCCGUGCAGCCCAGGCUCCCGCCCAGGGCCAGGAGCCCCUGGAGCAGGAAACGGUUUCCCAGGCGCCUGUCCUCCUCUCCCGCCUGCCCCCUCCUCCCAACGGAGGGCCCUCUGGCCCUCAAGCCCCACAAAAACUGGAGAAGACAGGAGGUUCCUCAGAUGCUGCCCACUCCCAAAGCAGGCCUUGCUUGGGGCCGCCUCCCAUUUGGUCACGGCCAGGGAAAUGGAAGAGGACAAGGGAAAUGCCUGAGCUGCCCAUUAGGGGCAUGAGGAAGGAGCUUCAGGUAGGCACCCAGAGCACUAGCUCUUGCCGAGGGGCUGCUGGGAACCCCAGAGACACAAGGGGCCUCUUUCCCACGGGGCUUCCUUGGAACUGGGACUCACACCUCAGGGGCCACCAUAUCCCUUCCACCUUCUUGCUCUCACCAAAAAAAAAAAAAAAAAGUGGAGGGGCACUACCAAGGUUGGUGGGUCCUAAAUGCAAGGGCCUCCACUGCCUCCGGGGCCCUCUGAUACCACCACAGGCAGUGGAAAGGAGCAAGAGCUCUAAAGCUGGUCCUCUUAGAACAGCGUAGCACAGGGCUCAGAGGUGAAGGAGGCAGACAGACCUUGACAUUGCCCAAGGCUCUGCCUCUCCACUCUGGGAUCCUCCCCAACUCCCAGCCAAACCAGCACUAUCCAACUCAGACCCAGGGUCCCUUAGGGACAGUACAGUUCCCCAGACUGAAGAUGCAUAGCCAGCAUCUGAGGUGAAGCAGCCCAAAGCCAAAGGCUCAAUGUCCUGGCUGUAGCUGGUACCAUUUGAGGGUACUGGCUGAACAGACAGUGAAGUUCAUGACCUAUCACUCUGGGCAGCAAAUGGAACCGUAACCUGGGUACUACCACCCAUGUCACACCACCGCUGGGAAACUACAACAAAUGCCAGGGACCUGGGCCAUGAAGGUACAGCAGCCCUUGCUCAGCUUCUCCUGAGGUCCUUAUCAAGUCACAUGGGUACAAAGGCCACCAAACAUCUAACACCCCCUUCCCCAAGCCCAGCCGAAAGGAGCCCUGUGCACGAUUUCCCCAGGGGGAGGCUCCCCCCACCCCGCCUUCCCCGUGCUGUGAAGGUCCAAACUCUGGGGGAAAGAGGGCAUUCGUUCCCACAAAGAUCUCUCCCACCACUCUGAAAGCAAUACAGCUCCCACCCAGCAUCUUCACUGGGUUUAGGUCCAAAAGAGGGGUCAAACUGGGGGCAGCAGGUGUAUCCCCCUGAAGAGACCCUACGUCCCUGGGGCCUCAGCUGCUGCUCUAUCACCUUCCCUAUGAGGAGCCUCGGGCACACGGAGAUGAUUCCUCUGGAAGGGAGGUGAGGUUCCGGUUGCAACCACAGGGGUCGGCACCCAGAGUUAUUAGGCCUUCCCGGGAGCCCUUCUCGCAGGCACAGCUUAGAGAUCAGAACCACCCGGUCAAAGGGUGGCUAACUAACUUCAAACAAGAACAGCAGGAGGGAAGUUCUCCACGGGAGCCUGACAUCCCCAGAUCGGGGGGGGUCUCACCUUUGUAGCCAGGGUCUUCCCUUGGCCUCUAUGCAUCUACCCCUACAUCCCUUCUAGCCAUUUACAGGGAAGCUAGUAUAUACCACUCACCAGCCUCUCUCUCCCUCUGAGGAAACUGAGGCAGGAGGCCGUGCGGUGACUACACUCACCUGGCAACGAAGGCCUCUGGAGCAUCUGAGGGCAUGUCAUGCUCCAAGGCAAACAGCACGUUCCUUACUGCACAGCAGGUAGUGGCAACCAUCUUCCUCAACUCUUUCCCUGGGCCAGUCAAGGGAGACAAGGCGCCCCCCGCCCCUUCCUUCCAUGCGUGCCAAAGUAGCAACUGAGGUGAGAAAUUUGCAGCAAGUAAUCCCAUAGCCCAAAGACUGAAAGGGCCCCAAAGGAAGAGGUAGGAUCCCACCACCCCAGGACUCCCUGGCUGGGCAAUGGCAGCCAGCCGCAUGUGACCCACUGGCUCUUGCCAGUGCCCCAGGCAUCCCUCCUCCAUCACGCAGGCCCCGAGACACUCAUCCAACAGCCCUGAAGCUACAGGAGGCCGGCUUGGGGAGAUUGUGCCACAGGGGGUGAAGUUCCCGUGCGAUUGUGCCACAGGGGGUGAAGUUCCCGUGCCCCUUGCAAGGGUUUUCCCCUCCUUACAUUUUCUACUUUGCAAUCUUUUCACAGUAUUCCCAAACUAGGCUGACACGCUCCAGUCCACACCAGCAUAACGGGCUUCUUCCCCAGGGCAGCUUAGAGGAAGCGCCUUCUGGGUAUGGUCAGGUGGUCCUCCUUCCUUCUCUCCUUCCCCUUCAUCCUCUGGCCCCUCAUGGUUGGUUGAGGGGGGGGGGCAGUAUGGAAGGUCGCCAGGCAUCCCCUCAGCCCCCACAAACUAGCACCCAUAACUGGAAGCUUGUGGAAGGCUCAGCGUCCCCACCACACCACUUCUCUUUCCUGCCUAUCGGAGGGCAGCUAGGGUUCCCAAGGUUGGUCCUGGAUCUCGAUCGCCACCCUUUAGCGGGAGCGGGCAAGGAUCCAGAGGACCAUACGGCCUGGUCCCUUGGACAAGCAAGCUCAGGGAGGACACAAGGGAGGAGGCAGCUCCACAAGACUGCAAGCCUGUUGGGCACAGACCACACAAUCUGGUGCUGGCCCUGGGGCCAGCUGGGCCUUGUCCUCCACCUGCUCAAAUGUGCUUCCACCAACCAGAGAAAACCCAUUUACUAGUUUUUCUAAUAAAUCAAUAAUGCUCCA